AUGGCUGUGAGUAUUUCCCCUCAUCUUCUGCCGUAUUCUCCCGUGCCUCUCUCUCUCUCUCUCUCGCCUCUCUAGGCUUCUGCAGGAUAAUCUCCUCCCCACGGCCUUCGGGCUUCCAAUCAAUUUUUAGUUCAUGGAAAGUGAGAUAAAAUCAACACCAUCCUCCCUACGCUCAAUAUUCAUCACAAAAGCUUAUCCUUUCUCUCGUCUGGCCGAUCUUCAUGGCGAAGCAUCAGAAGUUGAACAAGAUCUCCGAUGGGGAGUGUUCGUCCAGCCCCCCGUUUAAUCUUUUACAUGCAAUUCGAUGGAUAUGAUUGAGGAAUUAUUUAUCUAGUGCCGUCGAUGUAUAUGCAAAGAACACCACCUGAUGGGGACCCUCUUCGUUUCAGCAACGCUCGCAUGUCCCAAAGUUCGGAAACUGGGAGAAGGAGCACGUCCAGUACACCGUGUUCUUUGAGAACGCCCGGGUGAAAAAGGGAGCCGGAGGGAGCCUGAUCAACCCAAACGACCCCGAGGAGAAUCCUAGCGCCUUCAAUGACCAGGACAAAUCCCGGGAGGAAGAGCAUCAAGAACGUGCAUAUCAGCAGUUCCACAGAGAGCAAAGACAUGGGAGAGCGGAAGGCGGUGAACGAGACUACUACAUGAACUCUCCCUACCGUGUUUUCGAUAACCGGAAGGAAGAUACCAGUUCAGAGAGAAUGAAGAGCUACAGGAGUAACACUACCUCAGACUUGACCAAUAUACGAAGCCAGCCAUGGAGUAGGGAGGGAGUCGACGAGAGAAACAGGCUAGCCUCUUCAUCGUCCUCCCAAAAUCCUUCACUGCGACCCAAGUUUACACAGCAGGAUGAACCGGUCAGUGGUUAUCAAAUUCUUGUAUAGUUUUCUUAAUUUUAUCGUUUUCCGCUUCGUAAAAUGCUGACCUUUAUCUGUAAUUUCUCGAAUUCUGGCUGCAGCAACACCACAGAGUUGUAUCAGUGCCGAAAUUUGGUGACUGGAACGGUGGAAACGCUGAUGCUGGAGCUGGUUACACGUUGAUAUUCGAAAAAGUGAAAGAAGAUAAGCAAAAUGGAGGGAGCCUCCCCCCAAAUCCGUCAUAUACACCCACAAGAUACGCACAAGAUCAGAAAAUGAGCAGUGGAAAAUCAUCACGAUCAAAGGUAUGCUUAAUCCAAAAGCUAUCUAUCCAAUCCUAACAUUGUAGAUCUCUCGUUUGUGUAUUUUUUUUUAAAAAUGUUUGCAUACAAGUAACACAAACAAACCUAUGCUAACAAAAAAUAAACCUACAACACUCAUAGUCCGUUGAUCUUGCGUUGGAUUGUCUAAUAACUUGAAUAUUGGAUUAGAAACAAUAUUAAUAUUAGGUUUGCAUGCUCUCUAUUUAUGUUGUCUAUGUGAUGAGGGUCAAAGUUUUUUGCAAGUAAAGAGAAGCGAUAAGCUUUAGUCAUGUUUGAACUAUGAAGCUAGGCUGCUCAAUGACUCCGAAAACUAUCUCAUCCUAUGCUAAAUUUUGCUACAAUGAGAAUAUAUUAUUACAGAUGUAUGAACUUAUAGCAUCACAAAUUUUGAGAGCUGAUAGAUAAAUUAUUUUACAUGUGAUGCAUAUUAGAAAGGUUCCACUAUGAAAAAAACUUUAACCCAUUGGUACUUUAUGAGUUUAAUCCAUUAGAAGCCUUUUGCACUUGAAUUUGAUUGAAUCUUUUACAUUAUUAUAUUCUUGAGUUAUACAUUCCCUAUAUAUUUUCACAUUUUACAAUCAUAAAAAGUUCUUGGUACACAAAAUAAAUAACCAAAUUAAAAUGGUAGCCUAAAUUUUAAUGCUUAAAUAAAUGUAUGCAUGCUUCUCAUUAUCAAUGUAUUUUAACUUUACACAACCUCAUUCCUUUGGAAUUAAAAAUAAGAAAGCAUAGAUAGAAUCCCUCCAAUUUCCUCUUGCUAAUUUUCUUUACUCAUUGCUUUUACAGAUGUUCUGCUGCUUCUGUCCCAAAGCUGAAUGAUGAUGUUACAACAAGAUAUACCCAUUUUGAACACAAUUGUGAAGUGUAUUAUUUGUUUCAUUGACUAUAUGUGGGUUAUCAAGUCAAUGAUUUCACUAUCAUGAUGCCUCCAUCAUCAAAGGAUUUGCUUCUAAUGUGUAUCCCAACAGACUAAUUCACCACGAAAAUCACAUUUUUCAUUAAGUUAAAUAUAUCUCAUUUUUUAUAUUUAUUAUUAGUUAAUUAAUAUUUAUUAUAAAUAAAAUUCUCAAGUUCAACAAAAUUUACAUGAUUUGGUUGUGGGUAUGAGCUAUAAUAAUAUGAAAAAAUGAAUGUAAACAGAAGGAAUAAAUAGUUCAAUUAUUGAAUAUAUAAUGGUUAAGGGAAUGAAAUAACAAAUCAUUUGGUUAGGAGGAUAGGUUAGUUGUCAUUAUCGCAGUUUUAAGUUCUUCUACUUUAUUUUUAUUUGUGGAUGCUUUUUAAUGAGGUCAAAAUUUACUAAAAUUUGA